AUACAUUUUCCACCCAACGUUUAGAAAGAGGAAGUAAGACAGAGUUGUCAGCCCCAUGAGGGACAACACAGCCCUGAGUACGAAGAGAAGGGGAAGUGUAAGCACCAGCAGAGUUCUCGAAAACAUCAAUAAGUAAUUCAUGAUUGUUUUCUAAAAAGAGCCAUCAGACCAUGACCCACAGAUGCCUCAAGUGUUUGAAGUACACCAUGUGUGUCGCCAACUUUCUUUGUUUUAUGUCCGGCGUGGCUGUGCUGGGCUUCGGCGUGUUCAUGAUGGUGAACUUCAAACUGACGGCACUCACACCUUCCUUGGCCAAGUUUAAUAUAGCCAACAUGUUGCUGAUCAGUGGCAUCAUCAUCUCGUGUGUUUCCUUCCUGGGCUUCCUGGGAGCUCUGAAGGAGAACCGCUGCCUCCUACUGACGUUCUUCUUGGUGCUCUUCUUCCUGCUCCUAGUGGAGCUGAUUGCUGCGUGUUUGCUUCUCCUUUACGAACAAACUAUUUCCGAAUGGGUGGAGCGUGAUCUGAACAACGGAUUGAAGGAAGCAAAUGGGACUCAUGCAGACAAGUUCCACAGUGAAUGGGAUCUGGUUCAAAAUACGUUUGAUUGUUGUGGGGUGCACAACGUGUCAGACUGGGGAGUUAAUGUACCUGAUUCCUGUUGCCUUCAAGACUGCGCUGGUUCACAAGACCGACAGUACAGACCAAUGGGUUGUUUGGACAAGAUGAGGAGCUGGUUUGAAGACAAUUUUCUAAGCGCUGGGAUUUCUGUAAUUGUCCUCUGCAUUAUUGAGGUCUUAGGGAUGUGUUUUGCAAUGACACUCUUCUGCCACAUCAGCAGGUCUGGCCUGGGCUACAAGUUUUAAAAGUGUUCUCCUUUAAGCAUCUCAAAUGUUGUUUAGUUGUAUCCUUUAAAAUGCCAAUUACUCAGCUGACCAAGACUGUUCUUUAAUGACAUUCUUUUUUAAAUUUCUUCGCUUGGAAUUUACCCAGUUUAAAUCAAUUUCAUAUUUCGACGUAUGUACGUGAAAUAAACCUUCCGUUUGUCUCCGAACCAAAA